AGAAGCUCUUGGAGGCGGCUGUGAAUUAAGUUGCUUAUUAAUUCAUUUAGUCUUGACCUACAUAUGGUUGAAUAAUCACAGGGCCAUCUGUCCUCCUUAAUUAACAUGCAGAGAUGAAGAGAUUUCUUUCUACCUUCUGUGGAUUGUGUGUGAAUCCUGUCAAGAGGGCCCCAAAACGACUGCUGCCAGAGUCCUGGCAAUUGCUUAUAAGUGAAACCAACAGCUAAUGGGGAGGGCUUUUGUUGUUUUCGCUUGUUUUGUUUUUUUUUUAAAAAGCCCUCCUGUUGUGACUAGCCCUUGCUAUUUCACCAGCCAAAGGCACUCUCAUAAAUGAAUCAGCAAUAGUAUAUUUCCUUUCAGGUUUGGAAGAUAGAAUGAGAGGCUUUCCCAGAUGCCUGUGAGUUUCAUCUCUCACAGGCUUCCAGGCUUCUCACGAGGUCCUCACCCUUGGCCGUGUGAAAUAGACGGAUUUAAACAGUGUAUUUUAGAGCACUACUUCUUGGUUGUUGACAUGAAGUGCGAUGGGUUAAGAAGCUGUCAACUAAAACCAGACAAACUCUUACUGAUGAACCUUGGAGUAUCUGUGAACUUUUAUGACCAGAAAUUUCCACUUAACAGUUAUCAGAGACCUGACCAGACGCUUGAUAGCCCUUGGGAUUGAUGAUCAAUAGUUGCGUGAACGAUAAUAGCUUCUGUGUUAGAGUGCUUCACAGUACACUAAAACCUGUUCAUACACUUUAUGUCACUUGAGCCUCAAUAUAUCUCUGUGAGGUAGGCAGAGCAGAUAGUAUAAUCCCCAUUUUACAGAUCAAUGAAAAUAAAAGCAUGAGUAAACAGAGCCUUAGAAAGCUAAGAGAAUUGUUAAGGCCCACUGCUAUUAAGUGUAGAGUCAGGACUAGAAUUCUGAUGCUGGUCCCUUAGUGCAUUGCUGUUUUCAAUACUGUACCCUGUUGGAGUUUUCAUACAUCCCUUAAUUACAGUGCCAUAUGCCAUGUCCAUUUAGCUGUAAUUUGACCACAAGCAGCAAUACACUGCUAAGAUUGCAGGGUGGACCAAUCUGACCAAACACAUUGAGUGGGAUCUUGCCAGAGGUGGAGAACUGUGAGAUAAUCUGAGUGUUGAGUUUCCCCUUUUUCUCUUGAAUGUAUCCACCACAUACUCAAUCCAUCUGCAUAAAAAUGAUGACUACCAAAACAAUCUUGAAAAAGAACAAGUCGGGAGAUUCGCACUUCCCAAUGUCAAAACUUACUACAAAGCUACAGUAAUCAAAAUAGAGUGGUGCUGGCAUGGAGAGAGACAUAUAGACCAAAGGAAUAGAAUGGUGUGUCUAGAAAUAAAUACUCACAUAUACAGGCAUGCAUCAUAUGAUGACACUUUGGUCAAUGAUGAACUGCAUGUACAACAGUGGUCCUAUAAGAUAAUGGGGCUGGGUCAGGUGCGGUGGCUCACACCUAUAAUCCCAGCACUUUGGGAAGCUGAGGUGGGCAGAUCACCUGAGGUCAGGAGUUCAAGACCAGCCUGGCCAACAUGGUGAAACCUUGUCUCUACUAAAAAUACCAAAAACUAGCCAGGUGUUGUACCAGGUGCCUGUAAUCCCAGCUACUCAAGAGGCUGAGACAGGAGAAUCAUUUGAACUCGGGAGGCCAAGGUUGCAGUCAGCCAAGAUUGUGCCAUUGCACUCCAGCCUAAGCAACAAGAGCAAAACUUCAUCUCAAUAAUAAUAAUAAAGUAAUGGAGCUGAAAAAUUCCUAUUGCCUAGUGAUGUCACAAUGUCAUGACAUUACUCACGUGUUUGUGGUAAUGCUGGUAUAAGUAAACACACCUACAGUGCUGCCAGUCAUAAAGGUAUAGCACAUACAAUUAUAUACAGUGCAUAGUACUCACCAAUAAACAACCGUGCAACUGAUUUAUAUAUUUAUUAUACUUUUCAAUUAUUAUUUUAUAGUUUACUCCUGCUUAUUAAAAAAAAAACAAAACUGUAAAACAGCCUUCGGCAGGUCCUUCAAGAGGUAUUCCAGAAGAAGGCAUUUUUAUCAUAGGAGACGACAGCUCCAUGUGUGUUGCCCCUGAAGACCUUCUGGCAGGACUGGAUGUGAAGAGGAAGACAGUGAUAUUGAUGAUCCUCACCCUAUGUAGGCUUAGGCUAAUAUGUGUGUGCCUUAGUUUUGUUUUUUUUUUUUAACAUUAAAAAGUUAAAAAAAUAAAAAGAUUAAAAAGAGAGAAAAGCUUACAGAAUAAGAAUAUAAAGAAAGCAUUUUUGUCUUAGUUUUUUAAAGUGUAAAAAGUUAAAACAAAAAUUUUAAAAAUAGAAAAAAGCUUACAGAAUAGGGAUAUUAAAAAAACUCUCUGCACAACUGUUUUUGAAACUAUUUUUGUAUAAUGUGUGUGUUUUCUUUUUUUUUUUUUGAGACAGAAUCUUGCCCUGUUGCAGAGGCUGGAGUGCAAUGAUGUGAUCUUGGCUCACUGCAACCUCUGCCUCCUGGGUUCAAGCGAUUCUCCUGCCUCAGCCUCCUGAGUAGCUGGGAUUACAGGUACCUGCCACCACGCCCAGUGAAUUUUUUGUAUCUUUAGUAGAGACAGGAGUUUCACCAUGUUGGCCAGGCUGGUCUUAAACUCCUGACCUCAUGAUCCACCCACCUCAGCCUCCCAAAUGCUGGGAUUACAGACAUAAGCCACCACGCUGGCAAAUGUGUUUGUGUUUUAAGCUGUGUUACUACAAAAGUAUCAAAACAUUAAAAAAAUGGAAAUAGCUAUAAAUUUAAAAGUUACAAUAAACGAAUGUUAAUUUGUUGAAGAAAGAAAAAUGUAUUUUAUAGAAGUGUAGCCUAAGUGUACAGCAUUUAUAAAAUCUGCAGUAAAGUAAUAUCUAGGCCUUCACAUUCACUCACCACUCACUCACUGACUCCCUUAGAGCAAUUUUCAAUCCUGCAAGCUCCAUUCAUGGUAAGUGGCCUAUAUAGGUGUACCAUUUUUAUCUUUUAUACCAUAUUUUUAUGGUACCUUUACCAUAUUUCCUGCACAUAUGAGUCUACUUUUAUGAGCUACUUAGAAAAGGCAAGUUCAGAGACAGAACCUAGAUCAGAGGUUCCCAUCUAGAUGUGCUUAGAUACACAAAUGCUUACCUGUGUUACAGUUGCCUACAGUAUUCAGUAGAGUAACAAUUGUGCAGGUGUGCAACAUAGAAGCAAUAGCUAUACUGUAUAAGCUGGGUGUAUAAGAGGCUAUACCAUUCAGAUUUGUAUAAGUACACUCUGUGAUGUUUCCACAAUGAUGAAAUUGCCUAAUAACCAUUUCUCAGGACGUAUCCCUGUUGUUAAGCAACAUAACAGUUAAUUUUUGACAAGAGAGACAAGACCAUUCCACGGGGAAAGGAUCACCUAGUCAACAAAUGGUGCUGGAAAAACUGGAUAGCCACAUGCAGACAAUGGAGUUGGACCCUUAAUUAUACCAUUUACAGAAAUUAAGUCAAAAUGAACCAAAGAGCUAAAUUUAAGACAUAAAUUAUAAAACUCUUAGAAGAAAAUCUAGGGAAAAUCUUCAUGACCUUGAAUUUGACAAUGGUUUUUUAAGUAUGUCAACAAAAGCACAGGCAACAAAAGAUAAAAAUAGAUAUGAGACUUCAUCAAAAUUAAGAACUUUUGUGCAUCAAAAGAUACCAUAAAGAGAUGAAGAAAACCAAAUAAUGGAAGAAAAUAUUUACCAAUCACAUACCUGAUCAGGGAUUAGUAUCCAGAAUAUAUAAGGAACUCCUAUAGCUCAACAACAACAAAAAAACUCAAUUCAAACAUAGAUAAAGGACUUGAAUAGGCAUUUCUCCAAAGAAGAUAUAUGAAAGGCCAAUAAACACAUGAAAAGAUGCUCAACAUUAGGGAAAUACAGAUCAAAACCUAAAUGAGAAACACUCACUUGAGUUAUUCCCUAAUGACUAAUGGGCUUCUUUUUAAACUCCUCUUGCUAUCAUUCCCAGUUGAAUGGGCUAUUCUAAAACAAACAAAACAAAAUCAGAAAAUAACAAAUGGUAACGAUGUGGAGAAAUUAAAACCCUCACAUGUUUCUGGUGAAAUAUGAAUGGUGCCUCCUAUAUUUUGGCAGUUCCUCAGAAUGUUAAACUUAGUGUUACCAUAUGGCCAGCAAUUUCACUCCUAGGUCUGUGUUUAAAAGAAUUGAAAACAGGAACUCAAACACAUACUUGUACACUAAUGUUAGCAUUAUUCACAAUGGCCAAAAGAUGAAACAACUCAAGUACCUAUUGACAGAUGACUGGUUAAGCAAAAUGAAGUCUAUCCGUACAAUAGAUAUUACUCAGCCAUAAAAAGGAAUGGAAUUCUGAUACACACAACAACAUAGAUGAGCCUUAAAAACAUGCUACACAAAAGAGCCCAGACAUGAAAGGAAUAUUUUAUGAUUUCUAUUUGUAAAAAAAGCAAUUAUUUUGGGUACAUAUGAUUCCACUUUUAUGAGGCACUUUAGAACAGGCAAGUUCAGAGACAGAACCUAGAUUAAAGAUUACCGAGGGAAUGUGGGAAAGGGAAAUGGGCAUUGUUGCUUGAUGUGUAGAGAGUUUCUGUUCAGGAUGAUGGAAAAGUUUUGGAAACAGGGAGCAGUGAUGGCUGCACAAUGUUGUGAAUGUAUUUAAUCCCACUGAAUUGUACAUUUAAAAUGGCAAAUUGUAUGUUAUAUAUAACAUUUUACCACCAUAAAAACAGAUUUAAACAUAAUUUUAAAAAAUUACAGACUACGUAACUUCACAGAGAUAGAGAAGCAGAAAUUCACACUAUUCAGAAAAUAAUCAUAAAGCUAGCUGGAAAGAAGGGGACAGGUCAUGACUGACUGAAUCCAAGAGGAGUGAAUUGGAGACAGCUUCAAGGAAAACGCUGUGGAGUAAGAAGGGAAAGAGCAAGAGUGUUUAGCGGACUCCAUGGGGAAAGCUUUUAUGUACUUUUCAUUCCAUCCUCAUGGCAAUUUUGUGUGGUAUGUCUUGUUAGUACCCUAUUUCAUAUGAGGGAACAGAACCUUAAGUUAAGUAAGUCACUUCCUCAAGGACUCACCCAGUGAGUGCGGAGCCAGAAAUCAAAACCCGGUCUGUCACUUCCAGAACCCACAUUGUGGUUAUGUUCAUCUCAACCCUUUUGGUUAAGAAUUGGAACAGAGCCAGGCGCAGUGGCUCACGCCUGUAAUCCCACCACUUUGGGAGGCCGAGGCGGGGUGGGUCUUCUGAGGUCAGGAGUUUAAGACCAGCCUGGCCAAUAUGGUGAAACCCCGUUUCUACUAAAAAUACAAAAUUAGCGGGGCAUGGUGGCAUGCGCCUAUAAUCCCAGUUACACGGGAGGCUGAGGUAGGAGAAUCGCUUGAACCUGGGAGCCGGAGGUUGCAGUGAGCUGAGAUCAUGCCAUUGCACUCCAUCAUGGGUAAAAAGAGCAAAACUCUGUCUCAAAAAACAAAACAACAACAACAACAAAAAAACUCUAUUAUGGCUUCCAGCGGGGUCCCGGUGAGCGCUGCCGGCUCUGCUAAGGAAACCCCCGAAAUACCGGGCAACGUGGGAGAUUGGCUUUGGGGCGUCUACCGCUUUGCCACUGAUAGGAAGGACUUCCGGAGGAACUUGAUCCUCAAUUUGGGACUCUUUGCUGUGGGAGUUUGGCAGGCCAGGAACUUGAGUGACAUUGACCUCAUGGCACCUCAGCCAAGGGUGUAGCCAAGUAGACAAAUGGAAUCCUGUGCUGAACCUGAAUCUUCCAAAAAACAGCCUACAAUCUGUGACCAUCACAAGAUGUGCCCGGAUGGCAGCUGAAGUUUGGUUCAGAUGGGCACUUUCCUUUUCCUUAUCCCUGCCUAGUUUCCUUUUGUUCCUUGAGUCCACGCAAAAUUCCAUUCUCUGGUCAGCAGACAGGUUUAAGCUAAAGUAUUGCCUCUGUUCUGUAAAGUUCUAUACAAAGUUCCUAAGCUUCUCCAGGGGUGAUCUUUGUUCUUGUCCUGAGAAAUAACAAUGCGAUUUUAACAAACAUUUGAAAUAAAUACUGCACACACACACACACACACACACACACAAAAGAACUGGAACAAUAUCCACCCCACAGAAUUGUUGUGAGCGUUAAAUUAGAGGUAAUUUUUAAACUGGGAAGUUCUGAAUAUAACAGGAUUUUUGCAUUUUUUUUUUUUUGAUGCUUUAUCCUCUACGCCCCCAUUGGAGGCUGAGACCCUUUUUUUUUUUUUUAACAGCCCUCUGUACCAUAGUAGAUUGUUCAACAAUCUGUGUGUUUCACAAUGGCAAAAACUCUUUUUUAUUCAUUGUUAAAAAGGUACAUGUUUCUUUUCUUUUCUUUCUUUCUUUUUUUUUUGAGAUGGAGUUUUGCUCUUGUUGCCCAGGCUGGAGUGCAGUGGCACAAUCUCGACUCACUGCAACCUCUGCCUUCCGGGUUCAAGCGAUUCUCUUGCCUCAGCCUCCCAAGUAGUUGGGAUUACAGGCACGCGCCACCACACUGGCUAAUUUUGUAUUUUUUGUAGCGAUGGGGUUUCACUAUCUUGGACAGGCUCGUCUUGAACUCUUGACCCCAGGUGAUUUGCCCACCUUGGCUUCCCAAAGUGCUGGGAUUACAGGCGUGAGCGACUGCGCCUGGCCCUAAAUGUUUUUUGAGUGAAGGUGAUGUUUGAGUAGAAUUUUGAGAUGAAAAACAUGGAAGAAAGGAUGGGCAAGGAUCACUAUAACAACUGCAUUUGAAGGACAGACAGGCUGCUCAUUGCAGUGAGGGCCAGGGCUGGCCUAUCAUGAAAUGGGGACGAAGAGAGUUGAGGUUUGGAAACAGUGAGAAAUUUUACUCUGAACAGCCUUUGGGACUCAAUAUAGAAUUCUGGGAAAGAGACGGAUCUCUGGAGAACAUGGGUGACCUCACCGUGUAAAGGAAUCUUUACAUGGGAAAGAAAUGAAAAUCAGCAACAAGAUCAGCAUUCUGAACUAGAACAGUGGUUGCCAGGAGGGGAAACGGGAUUUUGAGGAGUUGGCAUCAAACAUUGUGUCCGUAUGUAUUAUUCCAAAAGCUUCCUGAAUCCCUACUAUACCAAAUGGUAUCAUUGCACCCUCAUGGUCCUCACCGUCAUCAACGCUAUUAAUCCUCAGUUACAGCAAUAAUAAUCAUGGUAGCAAUGAAUAUGCCAUGAGAGCCUACUGGGUGGAAACCACUAACAAGAGCUAAAAACAAAAGUUUAAGCAUUUUCUUUCUUUUUUUUUUUUUUUUUGAGAUGGAGUUUUGGUCUUCUUGCUGAGGUUGGAGUGCAGUGGCAUGAUCUCGGCUCACCACAACGUCUGCCUUCUAGGUUCAAGCAAUUCUCCUGCCUCGGCCUCCCGAAUAGCUGGGAUUACAGGCACCUGCCACCACACCCAGCUAAUUUUUUAAUUUUUAGUAGAGACAGGAUUUUGCCAUGUUGGCCAGGCUGAUCUCGAACUCCUGACCUCAGGUAAUCCACCCACCUUGGUCUCCCAAAGUGCUGGGAUUACAGGCAUGAGCCUCUGCACCUGACCUAAGUUUCUGCUUUAAAAGUAUCUAAAAAGGCACUAGAUCCUCCUACCACCCUCUAACUGGUCCUCUGAUGCCAGACUCUAUUUUCUUAAAUGUCAUGUAAAUAAUGUCAUUCAGUGUUGCUGAAAAGAAAACAUCGUAACUCCUUAGCAUUUAGGCCUUCCAAAUUGGGAUCUUAAUAUAUUUUUUAAAUAAUUUUAAUUUUUCUUAGAGUAGAUUUUACAUUCACAUGGCUCAAAAAAGCACCUAGGUAUAUGGUGAAAAGUCUUCCUUUCCAUUUUUCUCACAGUUCCCCCAUUUGUUUCCUGAGUAACCUUCAGGAGGGUUUCUAAAUAUGUCUUUUUAUUAUUUCCCACACCACCCACAUGGUUUUCCCAUCAGAUCAUCCCGUCUCUGAAUAUGCCUUUGCUGUUCUUCUUCCUGCCUGUAAAAUACUCCUUCUACCUGACUAUUAAUCUAUUAAACCAAGAAAUAUCCA